GAUUCGCAUGUGUGUGUCGCUGAACUGCCUUCCUAUUCGUGUUUGUUUCCCGCUUUCUGAACCUCCUGUGACUCGUUCUGCUGCGAUUUUUGUGUGAUUUUAUCACUAGUCAGAGUCACGACACUGGCAUCGGAAAGGAUUACCGCAACCAACACCACCAGGCCAACAUUCUGCUUGUCGUUGUCUGCAGACAGCAACACUACGCCGGUCGCUGAAAAAAACUGCGCAUCUGACGCCACGGACGUAAACAAAAGUGCUUGUCGACCGGCACAUGCUUCGUCCAGAAAAUGCCUUCCUACGCGCCAUUCACAAUACCGCUGUGGCCAUUCCAUCCCACUUUUGCAUGAGAGGAACGAAACUAGGAUGUCCAUUCGCUUUUGUGGUUUGUGGGAGUCACACGCCCGUCUGUUACUGUGUCCAAGCUAUGGAUUCUCUGUAUGCUUUGCAAUACUUAUCACGUGAACAAUUAGAGAGCUUGGUUCGUCGAUUGCAAGAUGAGGUCACCGAUUUGCGAGGGCGUCUAGCAGAAUCCGAAGAACGAAACCGAAUACUUCAGUUUGCUCUUCCACAAGCUAUUCGGGAAUGUUUGACAAAUACGAUGGAGUCCUUGAGACCAUUGUUGUCCCCAGCGCUCCUCAAUCCACCCGCUUCCAUCACAGUUGAUGCGGUAAGCGAUAAUCCCAGUGUACAACCCGUACGUCCAACCAGAUCAAUCGCUGUCCAGAACGAUUUAUCAAUAGAUGGCGCUGCACUUAUGACAAACCAGCAGCAAUGUCGUGGAGGAUCCAUUGCUGACGCCCCGUUGAGGCCGGUUUUACAGGAACUGGCACAUCAAGUGAACUCGCGGGAAUCGGACAGCACUGCAGGAACGAGAUUGUCAGCUCUGGAAAAUAUUAAACGAUCCUCACACAGGAUGGUAGAACGACCACGUAGACGACGUCCCAACUUGACACGACCGGCCAAACGAACCUACCGGGGACCCCGAGUAGGUACACGACAGGCACCAUGGACGGAGCAUAACUCAGACAUUGCAUUAAGGCCCACGACACAUCCAUUUAUCAAGACUACAGCAUCCGCACUGGUCCCAACAGCUGCAUCUCCCCCGCAGCUGUCUAGCAUUCAGCCGGGUUUGACGAUUACCUCUGCUGUAUCCACAUUCCCAACCCAAACGUUACCAAAGCUCAGCUUUUACACAGACUCCCAUGAACCGGAGACUAGUUCACCCGGUGAGUGUUUGCUUCUAGGCGUGGAGCAUCAUAGCAGAGUUCAGGCAGAUACCGGAACGCCGUGGAAUACAGGUGUUCCCGAGAAUGACUUGCAACAACAGGCCUGUGACCCCACACAACAACAGCAAACGAAUUCCAAUACGGAUCAGAAUUGGUUGAAUUUGCAGGACGAAUUUCCGGGAGAAAUUGACUGGACGGAAUAUGGCCGCACGAAACGGGAAAUCGGGGAGAAUCCGAAUAUCUUAUUGGGGCGACCAUGGUCGAUGUACAAGGCAUCGAGCGAAUGGACUCGAGCUACUUGCGCUCUCAUGUCUGCAUUGUUUGAUCCUGAGCAGUUGUCAACAUCCACAGUUCUGGGACGAGGAAGUAGUGAACGGCGCAAUCGGCUUCCGUUUGAUAAAGUCAACUACAUUGUUGGCACAAUUACCCAGGAAUUCGGCGUAUCUCCAGCAAAAGUUAGAGCGAGAAUGGCGCAGAAGUGCAAAGAUGAACGAAGGAGGGUAAGAAUGACGACUCAGACAAUGGGUCCAGAUGCAGUGUGAGCCAAAUGGAGCGUCUCAAUGGAUGACCAAGUGUCCUUCCCCACAUGUUUGCGGAACAUUGUACAUGAUUCUCUAUCCCAUCAGUUCACCUCUUUUUUGUAAUAUAAACCAUUCAAUUUUCUAUGCAAUACAAUAAAG